AUGCCAUCCCGGAUUGAGGAGCUUGCUGUCGAGCGGCACGGUCGGUCGGAGGCCAUGAUCGCGACGAGGUGUGAAUUGGAAGGUGCUAAUGCCAACCCGGAUUCGAGCUUGCUGUCGAGCGGCACGGUGCUAAUGCCAUCCCGGAUUGAGGAGCUUGCUGUCGAGCGGCACGGUCGGUCGGAGGCCAUGAUCGCGACGAGGUGUGAAUUGGAAGGUGCUAAUGCCAUCCCGGAUUGA